AUGAUGGCGCCCCAAGCCUCCUUGGCGAUCCGCGCUUGUCGAGAUCCAUACCGUCCUCUUUGGGAGCUAACUACUGCUCCAAAGGCUGUCUUAAGUCCUCAUUGGCUAAAGGAUGGAAGGGGGAUUGUUAUCUCACUGGAAGAUGGUACAUUGAAGUUUCUAAGCUUGACUCGGAUUGCAAAUGAUGUUCCAGCCACUGGAAGACAAUUUGCCGGAACAAAAACUCAGGGUGUUGUAACUUAUCAGUUGUCAGAAUAUUUGAUUUGGAGUGUCCAUGCCUCAGAACCUACAGGUUGUGCGGCUUACUGUGGGGCAGAUGGUACUGCCGUGUACUUCCAGCUUAAUUCGAGAUUCUGGGAUAAGGAACCUGGGCGCAACCGUGUUCCUUAUUUCCUCUCUGGAUCAUUAUCAGAGGGAGAAAAUAUUAAGAUUGGCAGCAGGCUGCAAACGUCCCAUUACCAAAUGUUCCUGUGGUGA